GGCGCGCGCGAGAGCCGGCGGUGACCCGGACAACAGAAGUGACCGAGCGAGGGGAAGGUGGUGGCGGCGGGUCGCUGCCACUCCGCGCCAGAGUUGGCGGUUAGAGGCGGGGGCCGGCAGCCCGGGACCGGAGUCAGAAUUGCUUGGAUUCAACACUGCGAUUCCAACCAUGGGUUUGUCUGCAUCUACCCCUGCUGUUGCAGUUCAGACCUCAAAUGCCUCGGAUCAUCAGACAGCAGCCCCGCCUUCAGGAUGCCCAAUGCAUGAAGGGAAAAUGAAAGGCUGUCCAGUGAGUGCAGAGCCAUCGGACCCAACCUGUGGGAGCAAAACGAACUCUGUGCCUAUGCACCAAGAACGUGCGUACGAGUACGUGCAGUGUCCUGUCACCGGCGCAAUGGCUGAGAAUAAGGAGAACCUAGAUCCUUCUAACCUGAUGCCGCCACCUAAUCAGACACCGGCCCCCGACCAGCCGUUUGCACUAUCUACUGUGAGAGAGGAGUCAUCUAUUCCGAGGGCAGAUUCAGACAAAAAGUGGGUUUAUCCUUCUGAACAGAUGUUCUGGAAUGCGAUGUUAAGGAAAGGGUGGAAAUGGAAGGAUGAGGAUAUUAGUCAGAAAGACAUGUAUAAUAUCAUUAGAAUUCACAACCAGAAUAAUGAGCAGGCUUGGAAGGAGAUUUUGAAGUGGGAAGCCCUUCAUGCUGCGGUCUGCUUUCUCUUGGCACCAAAACCAAAGAGUGGAAGAACUGCAGUGCCGUGUUCCAGGACGUCAUCAGCGUUCAACUGUAGACCUGCACUCCCUGAAGGCGGCCGCUGGCGGGCAGAUUGCUUAGGGUAUGAGCUGCCUUUUGACAGGCACGACUGGGUUGUCAACCGUUGCGGGACAGAAGUCAGGUACGUCAUCGACUACUAUGACGGUGGUGAGGUCAACCAGGACUACCAGUUCACCAUCCUGGACGUCCGGCCUGCUUUGGAUUCACUCUCGGCUGUGUGGGACCGGAUGAAGGUCGCCUGGUGGCGCUGGACUUCCUAACCACUGCUUUGUCAGAGAUGGGAAAAUAUAAACUAUUUUUUUUCCCGAGCAAUACAUUAAACUGUUUUCCGCAAACUGAAUUGCACUCCUGAUGUAACGGGAAUGUCAAGGGGGUCAUCACAUUUUAUGUCACUUAGCAAAGGGUACUCUGCACGUGCUCUUCUGAAUUCUGUUUUCACCUUGCAGUUGGUAGAUGAAGAUUUAAAGUUUUCUUCCCAUUUAGAGAAGUGGGAAGCAUUCCCUUAGUUUUUCCUUUAACUGCAGUAUUGCCUGUGCACUUAAUCUAGAAAAGUCUGAACAACCUCUGAGAAAGGCCUUUGCUGAAAAUAUGAAGAGAGCUGCUUUUUUCCCUCCCUGUUUUCUCUUGAAUACUGACAUGCAGAUCUGAAAACCCAUGGGAUGCUCAGGGCUUUGAGCUGGUCCAGAGUUUUAAUUGGAAGUGUUCUGUUAUGCAUUUUAAAGAUACCAGCAUUUCUGAAGUCCCUACAAUAUAGUAGUGAGCCCUGAAGAAAAUGCAGUCACACACUGGAAAUGCACUCAGCCAAACUGAGGUGUGUCUUAGCUCUCCAAAUUCUUGCUUAUGUGAAUUUUUCAGUCUGCACCUUGAUCUAGAAUAAUUUUAACUCCCCCACGACUUGAUGCACGUGCAUUGGAGUAUGUGUUUUAACUUCUUAAAUAUUUUCAUUUUAAUUCCCAUUGUUCUGAUAUGUAACUGCUUCCUGCAAGCAGGCCUUACUGUUCCUGCUAUUUGACAACUUAAUCCCACUCUUGAGUCCCAUUCCUUCCCCUGCCUGAAGCCUUUCUCUACUCAGGACAGUCCCACUCUAAAACACCAUUAUACUUUGUCCAUUGUUAGAAUUCACAAGCAGAAUAUUUUUCCCAGAUGUAGAAUGGUUGCAUCAACUCACUGUCUCCGUUUACGUUUGUUUUUUAAGGGAGUGCUGGUUGCCAUUGAAAUUCUUGUACCAGCAAUCCAUACACUGGUUGUUUAAUUUAUAGCAGCAUGUUACAGAUGACUGUUGGUUUUUUUUUUUAAGUGUUAAUAAUAUUAACUCCUUUCAUUUAUCCUGAAUAUUGUAGUGUUAAAUGAGUAGAUGGACUUAGCAGUCUGGAGUGAUUCAUUUGGUAUGAAUUUCUAUGUUGUGUCUGUUUUGUGUGGAGUUUUAAAAAUCCAACAACCUUAAACUCUUCUACAUUUUAAAAUACUUGUGUAUUUUCAAAGAAAAUAAAGCCACAGGUAAACAGG